AUGGAAGAACACAAGUCACAUCAGGUAUCGGCGCCAACCUCACCACGGACGCCUUUCGCCGCCUCUAGGAAGCCCAUUUUGACCAAGGAGAGCGAGACGAGACUAGUGCCGCUGGAAAUCGACGACGCGAGCGCUAGUGGCGAGCACAACGACCAACAGCAGCCAGUGGGCCUAGCAGAGGGGUAUCCCUCGGCAUGGAGGGUUGCUGCUAUCAUGGUUGGGAUGUCGCUGGCUUGCACCCUCGUCGCACUGGACAACACAAUUCUCGCAACCGCCAUUCCCCGAAUCACCACACAAUUCGACUCCCUCGAGGACGUCGGCUGGUACGGCAGCGCCUUCCUGCUCACAAACUGCAGCGUCAGUCUGCUCUAUGGCAAACUGUACACCUUCUUCCCCGUGAAAUGGGUGUACAUGUGCGCACUCGCCGUCUUCGAAGCAGGUUCUCUUCUCUGCGGCGCAACACCAUCUUCUGUUGGCCUGAUCAUCGGCCGAGCUAUUGCGGGCGCCGGUGGGGGUGGCCUCUUCUCCGGAGCCAUGCUCAUCAUCGCAGAGUCCGCACCCUUGCACCAGCGACCUGUGUACAAUGGGAUUAUCAUGGCCAUCUUCACGGUUGCGGGUGUUGCAGGGCCGUUGCUUGGUGGUGCAUUGACAGAUAAUACGACGUGGCGGUGGUGUUUUUAUAUUAACCUCCCGCUUGGUGGGGUUACUGGUUUUGUGAUUUUGUUCUUUCUAAAAUCAAAGAAACCCGUCAAGACGACUGAGGGGGCAAAGGAGUAUCUUUGGCAGCUGGAUCCCGUUGGAUUGCUGUUUUUCCUCCCCUCUAUGAUCUGCCUGCUUCUGGCGCUGCAGUGGGGCGGGUCUAAGUAUCCCUGGCAAGAUGCCAGGAUAAUAGCCCUCUUCGCUGUCUUUAGCGCGCUGUUUUUGACCUUCGUGGUAGUCCAGAUUUACGAGCAGGACAGAGCCACGAUUCCACCGCGUCUCUUUAAGAACAGGAAUAUAUGGGGAGCGUCACUGUACACUUUUUGCCUUAGCGCCUCAUUCAUGGUGUUCACAUACUACCUCCCAAUCUGGUUCCAAUCCGUCAAGAGCGCCUCCGCAACCAUGUCAGGCGUCCUCAACCUUCCCAUGCUCGGUACCCUGGGCACAUUCACAAUCCUCUCAGGGAUCCUCGUCACAUACACCGGCCACUACAUGCCUUUCAUACUAACAGCCCCGGUCCUUACCUCCAUCGCCGCAGGCCUCCUCACGACACUCACCCCGUCGUCAUCACAGAAGUCCUACGUCGGCUACCAAGCGCUCUACGGAGUUGGCUGUGGGUUGGGUAUGACGCAGCCGAUGCUCGCUGUUCAGGCGUGUGUGGAGAGUCCAGCCGAUGCGCCGAGCGCGACGGUUAUUGUUAUUUUUAUGCAAACGCUUGGUGGGGCGUUGUUUGUCUCUGCUGCGCAGAAUAUGUUUCAUAAUAAACUGCUACACUUGUUACGUAGUGUGGAGGGAGUUGAUGUCAAAAAGGUCGUUGAGGCCGGGGCUGCGGGGCUGAAGGAUGUUGCAGAUGGCGACGUCUUGGACGUUGUGGUGCAGAGCUAUAGUAGCGCUAUUACGUAUUCGUUUUUUGCUGCCACUGCCUUGGCGGCGGCGGCGAUGCUGGGGGCGUUGCCGAUGCAGUGGAUCUCGUUGAAGAGGAAGGGGGUGGAUAAGAAGGAUGAGGGGGUCUCACAGGUAGCUUCCUAG